AUGUCGUCUUCUGCCGAAGUAGCCCACACUGUCGACAUACUCCUCGUCAUCUUCUCCUACCUCACCCCACGCAAACAUCUCGUACCCCUCCUCCGCACAUCGCCCCUCUUCUUCAGACUCGUCGCGCCAAAGCUCUACAACCCACUUCCGAUCUCAAACGCCUGCAAUCCACUCGCUGGCGUUUCUCUCUCGGGCGAAGAUCAAGGGCCUUACAGCAAAGCCAGGCUGCUGAAUUCCGCCCCAGCGGUCGUAGUAGAGCGUGCAAAGGGUCCAAACGGUCGAUCAGUAUGGACGAACUUUGACAGACACCCCUCUCUCCCCUCGGUCGAGAUUGUCAUCAUGCAGUCUCUCCUCUGGGAGGAACAGACUUCGGGGAUCGAUAAGGCAGAGCCGACGCGUCUGAGCAACUCCAUCAUCGAGCAUUUGUGCUCCGCUGCUACGCGACUGGAGCUUUUGACACCUGCCUACACUCUGGUGGGCGCCUCCGUGUCGCGUGAGCGUAUGCCAUCCUUACCCAAUGUCGAGACCCUUGUGGUGAAGGGCACGGCGGCGAAGCUUCAGGGAAUGGUGCAUGUUGUUGGAGAUUAUGGAGAUCACGACAAACUGCCUUGCCCCAAUAUCAAGACGGUUCACCUGUUCCUCUGGGGCGAUGUGAUGCAGUACCCUUUGAGGGAUCAAUCGCGCACCAGCUUCUGGGACAUGGACAAGGGCAAAAUUACCUUGCAGAUCAGAGAGAUGGAGCACAGGUUGUACAAACGGAGCUACCUCUUGGGUCACCUACCCGACAUGCUCAAGGCGCUUGGCAGUCGAGUCUCUAGUGUUGAUGGUCUUGACUUCUGGCUCUACAACGUCGAUCCAAUCUUUCAAAGGUCAGGGUACUUGAAAGGGACGAGAUUGGUGAAUAGGUUCAAGUACAUGCUGGAGAGAGAUUUUGAGUGGAAGAUGUUGAGCUCAACGUAUCCGGAUCCGCCGGAUGAGGACAGGAAGAUCAGGGUAUUCUUUCGUACCGGUGUGGACUUCUACAAGUACAAGGCUUUCAACUCCAUCCCAAUUUCAGCUGAAGAAGAGUGGUAUUAUUCCGCCGUCCUUGACCCCUCGGCAAGGCUUGUCUCGCUCAGAGCUAGCCUGGAGGCUGAAACGGGGUUGCAUGGUCGCGCUUUCAUGGGCUUGGGCGAACAUGAGGCUGAGUGGCUGCUGAGGGCGUACACGAGGCCGACUUUCGCGGAGUUAUAUUUACAAAGGCGGUAG